AGAGGAGGACAUCACAUGUACUAAGAGGGCAGGAGGGAGACUGGCUGAUCCCACCCUCCCCACACCCCUCACCCUCCUCACACCCCCUCACCCGGGGGCUGCACACACACUGCCAGGGGGCACCGACUUGGAGUCAUUUCAGGAGGAGUUGCGGCGGGCGAUGUGAUCGGCUGUGGAUAAUCGGGCUCUUCUCUUGGCACUGGGAUUCUUCCGCUGGCACCGGAGAGGGUGGCAUUGCCGGGCAGCCUGGAUGUGUCUGGAUGCUCAUGCUGGGAGUCUGAAGGAUGGAGAUGUUGUGGAUCCUCUUCCUGUCUCUCCUCCCCGGGCGCAGCAGGGGGCAAGAAGCCUACGCUCCGGCUCAGGCUCAGAUUAUCCACGGCAGUCAGGCUUGUGUGGACAAUAAUGACAAUGUGAGUGAACGGGUUUACACCAUCCGAGAGGGCGACACGUUGGUGCUGCAGUGUCUGGUCAGCGGACACCCACGACCACAGGUGCGGUGGACAAAAACAGCAGGCAGCGCCUCGGAAAAGUUCCAGGAGACCUCCAUCUACAUUGAGACCCUGCGCAUAGAGAAGGUUCAGAGGAUGCAGGGUGGCCGAUACUAUUGUAAAGCCGACAAUGGGGUUGGGGUCCCGGCCAUCAAGUCCAUUCGAGUAGAUGUGCAGUAUCUAGAUGAACCCAUCCUUACCGUUCACCAGACCAUCAGCGAUGUACGAGGGAGCUUCUACCAGGAGAAGACCGUCUUCUUGCGCUGUACUGUCAGCUCCAACCCACCUGCCCGCUUCAUCUGGAAACGAGCCACCGAGACCCUGUCCCAGAGUCAAGACAAUGGGGUGGACAUCUACGAACCUCUCUACACACAGGGUGAAACUAAAGUGCUGAAGCUGAAGAACCUACGCCCUCAAGACUACGCCAAUUAUACGUGUCAAGUGUCCGUGCGGAAUGUUUGCGGGAUCCCCGAUAAAUCCAUCACUUUCCGACUCACUAACAAGACAGGAGCAGCUUGGUGGGGACGAGCAGGAGGUGACACAAUGCUGUGUAGAAGCAAGAGAUCCAUCCCGUCUCCGCUAUGGCUGAAAACAGAGGCCGCUCCGCCCUCAUUGAAGUUGUCGGUGAACGAGACGCUGGUGGUGAAUCCAGGGGACAACGUCACUAUGCAGUGUUACGUCACCGGGGGCGACCCUCUGCCCAAACCCGUCUGGUCACACUCUCCUAAACCCAUGCCUCCCAACAGCGUCAGCAAGGGGGGGAACCUGACCAUCUGGAAUAUACGGCCAGAGGAUUCCGGCUACUACAACUGCACGGCCAUCAACAAUGUGGGCAACCCGGCCAAGAAGAUGGUCAACGUCCUAGUGAGAUCCAUGAGAAACCUGACAUAUCAGAUCACUCCGGAUGGCAACAAAGAGAGCGAGACCAUCCAGCUGACUCAGGAUUUGAAGCUGUCGUGUCACGUUGACGCCGUGCCGCAGGAUAAGGUCCAGUACACGUGGUACAAGAAUCAGAAGUUGAUUAAGGAGACCACCAGGGUUUUCGUCACAAGAAACGACCCGGAACUGGCCCCGGGGUGCUGCAGCCUGGAGAUCUUAGACUUGAAAUUUACUGACUACGGCAUCUAUAUGUGUGAAGCGUCCUUACCCAACCUGCCCUUUACCAUGAAGAGCGGCGACAUAAACAUCUCUGCAGAGACCGUCCCUCCAUCACUGAGUGUCCCCAAGGAACGCGCGGUCAUCACGGUACGUGAGGGCUCCCUUGCAGAGCUGGUGUGUGAGGUGCGAGGGAAGCCACUUCCGCCCAUUCUGUGGACCCGGGUGGAUAAGGAAGGUGGAUUCCCCUCUGGUGAAAUGGUGGUGGAAACUCUCGAUGGUAGACUGCGGUUGGAAAAUGUUACACGGGAAAUGAGCGGGACUUACAAGUGUCAGACGGCGCGGUAUAAUGGCUUCAACAUUCGGCCCAGGGAAGCUUCAGUGCUGCUCAACAUCCAAUUUGCCCCGGUGGUGGAGCCAAAGUCUCAGGACAUCCGGCAGGCGAUGAGGCGCAGUGUGCCGCUGCGGUGCAACAUGCUGAAAGGGAGCCCGGUGAAAGUGGCCACCGCCGUCUGGAGGUUCAACGGGAAUCUUCUCUCCACUCCCGUCACAGAACCGCAGGAAUAUUCUGAGUACAACAUACCCAGCAUGAGCCGAGAGACCAGCGGCAACUACGAAUGUACCAUCUCCAACGACGUGGGCUCUGAUAGCUGCGUCUUCCAGGUGACCGGCAAAGCCUUCAGCCCAGAAUUCUUCUACGACACCCCAAACCCCAUCGAGUCCAACAAGCAGUUUAGGAACUACUCGUAUCUGAUCCAAUGGACACAGAAAGAUCCCAGUGCCGUGGAUCCAGUGACGAGCUACAGACUGGACUUCAAACCGGCAAACGUGAAGGGUAUAAGCACUGCAACCGUGGAGGUGAGGAAUAUGAAGAAGGGAGCCCUCCACAGGUACCUGCUCCAGGAUCUCAAGAUUCCCCUGAACUACGAGAUCAAGAUUACGCCAAUCACCAUCUUCGGACUUGGAGACCCCGCCACGCGCAUCAUCCGAUACACAGAGCCUAUCAAUUACCCAAACCCAACCGCAGAUAACACAUGCAGUUUCGAUGACGAGAAGCUGUGCGGGUUUGUGCAGGAUAAGGCUGACACCUUCGACUGGAUCCGCCAGAGUUUGAAGACGAAAGAUCCCAAGAGGACCGUGAACACGGGGCCAGAUAAGGACAACAGCGGCACUGAGGAAGGUUUCUUCAUGUUCAUCGAGGCGUCAUCACCACGGAAAGCAGGGGACAAAGCGCGUCUACUCAGUCCCAUGUACAACGUGACAUCGGGCAAACAGAGGCCCAAAACACCAUCUUAUUGCAUCUCCUUCUAUUACCACAUGUGGGGGAGGCAUAUAGGUCGUCUGAACGUGAUGCUGCGUUCCAGUAAUACCGGCGACAUGCCAGUGUGGUCAUUGAGCGGGGACAACGGCAAUAAAUGGCAGCUCGCCAACAUUCAAAUCAACCCCAUCAGACCCUUCCAGGUCGUGUUUGAAUGUAUUACCGUCAAUGGAAUGGAAGGGGACAUGGCCAUCGAUGACGUCACCAUAAAAAAAGGAGACUGUCCGAAACGGAUAACUUUGCCACAAAAACCUGCAGCACCUCCUAGAAGUCUGGCCUGUCACCCACACUCAGGUUCUCUAUACUGGCUCCUGACUUUCUUCUUAUUCGUCCUUCUGAGAUGAUACUCCGCUGCUCCUCUUGCAUUCAGAAUGAGGCCGUUCCAUCUUUUGUACACUUUCCUCCUCGAUCCUCCUCCACCGACACACCAAAGUGUCAAGAUAUUACCAAAGACCGACAAGCGUGACCGUUUGAAGGAGCCAAUGAGAGACUGACAGCUUCCUUUGAGAAGUUCAAAUGCGUCUACAAUACAACCAAGGGGAGAGAAAU